AUGGUUGCCUCCAGCCCCGCGAUCUUCGCUCUCUGCUCCCUCACCGCUUCCGUCGCCGCCCAGGCUGACAUCGGCUCGUGUCUCGACAAGGCUGGCAUUGAGAACUCGGUGCCCAAGACCUCGACCUGGACGAUGGACAUCCAGCCGUGGAUCUCGCGUGUAAACCCCGUUCCUUCGGCUGUCGCCUUCCCCAAGACGGAGGAACAGGUCUCAGCCGCCCUGAAGUGUGCCGCCGACGCCGGCGUGAAGGUGACGACUCUGGGUGGCAACCGCUCGUUCUCGAGCAUGGGUUUCGGCCGCAACGACGGCGCUCUCGUCAUGAACCUCAAGUACCUCAAGCACCUCAAGUACGACGCGUCCACUGGUCUGCUCUCGUACGGCGGCCCCGUCAUGAUCUCGGAGGCCGCCAAGUACAAGUACAUGUGGGAAGGGUUCAACCGCACGCUGCCCACGGUCGUUGCCCUGAUGUCGGCUGUGCGCGUGGCCCUUGCUAACGGCUCCAUUGUGGACGCCAGCGCCAAACAGAACGCCGACCUGUUCUGGGGCGUGCGCGGUGCCGCGAGCUCCAUGGGCGUGGUGCUGGACUUCAAGAUCAAGACGCUCGAACCUCCGUCCAUGCGCGUGACCAACUACACCAUCGAGUUCAACGCCAACGCCACGCCGUCGCAGCAGGACAACGUCGACGCCCUCAUCGGCACGCAGAAGUGGGCUCUGAGCGCGGACAACGACGACCUGGUGUCCAUCCGCUUCAGCAUCAAGACGUCGUCCACACUCAAGGGCUUCUUCUACGGCUCGUCCAAGGAGGCCAAGACCGUGCUGGGGUCGCUCAUGAAGAACCUGCCGGCGUCGAUGAAGCUCACGACCAGCGAGUAUGACUUCUGGGCUUCGGAGGACAUCUCGACCCCCGGACUGUUCAAGGAGACCAUGUCCCCGCGUCGGUACUUCUACAUUGCAUCGGUCACUCUACCGCGUUCUACCCCGCUGGACAACUCCACUGCUUGGGAGCUCUUCUCCAACACGGCGUUCGUCCCCAAGCUUCCGGACGCUUCGGCCUCUGGCUUCAUCGACGUCUGGGGUGGCGCCUACGCCCAGGGUGUUACCCCGGACGCUUCGGCCUGGAAGCACGACGACCGCCUGCACCUGCUCCGUUGGGACAUCCGCACGUCCUCGUUCGACCUCAAGUUCGCCGACAGCUCGAUCACCACCAUGCGCGAGCACUUCUACAAGUUCGUGGACGCCCACAAGGCUGCGGGUGGCGCGCCCGGUGGAUUCACGACGUACCGUGACGAGAAGUGGACGGUGGACGAGAUGGCCGAGUACCUGUACGGCGGCGGCAACUUCGCCAAGAUGUUCAACACGGACCCGCAGGCCAUCCCCGCCCUGGCUUAG